AGUGUAGCCCCGCCCACCCGAGAGCUGCAGCUCAUACCCCGCGGAAGUUGGUUUGUGGAGUGAGUACGGGAUGUUGUUAAUUUGUGUGAAAUAGGGGGAAACGCGUCGACAUUUCUCUGUAGUUCUUCUGGGCGGUUUGGUGUUGUGUUGCACAAACAGAGGAACGGCGAUAAGUAGGUUUGUCAGGCUGUUGGAGCAAAAUGUUGGAGUGCGGCAUGCUGGAGCAGGACAGACGGGCUCUGCGGAGACGCUCUGCCGUUCUGUGCAAGCAGCUGGUGGUGGACGAGCUGCUCAUUCAGUCCUUACAGGCAGAUGACAUCCUAACAGAGAGCAUGGCAGAGGGCAUCAUGGCUGAACAAACAUCUCAGAAACGAAGCUGGCGCUUACUACUACUUUUACCAAAGCGAGGGCCGAAAGCCUUUAGCAGCUUCUGCUCAGCUCUGCUGGAAACUGAGCAGCAGCACCUGUAUGAUCUGCUCACACAAUCACCAGAAAAAGAUGGCAGAGAAACACGUGUAGAGAGUAUUCAGCCUGAGGAAGAGCCAGAGGGAGAGGUAGAGCAACUAGUCAUGCAGGCAACUGAAAAGAUGAUAGAGUUACAUGGGUGUCUGCAGACAUCCUCAGUAAACAGAGAAGAAAAGAGCGAGAUGAGCAGCACCUCAUCAUGCCCAGGCCAAGCCUUAGAUGGUCCCAGUCAGGGAGAGAGACAGAGGACAAAGAAAAGAGGACGAGAUAAGAAGACAGAUAGGUUUGUGGACUCUUCUCUUCCACUUUCCACACAAGAAGGAAUUGCUGCCAAGAGAGCAAGGACACAUGAGUCCAUGGAGUUUAGUCUGGAUGCAGACAGUCCCAUCAACACCCCUGUGCUCCCAUGCACACCUGACUUUUACCUCUCUCACUGCCAGCAGUCUUACAGAAUGAAUUCAUCCCCUCGUGGUUUUGCUUUGGUGAUAAGUAACGUGACCUUUGAUCCUUGUGCUGCACCUGACCUUGACCCAAGGAAAGGAGGUGAGGUGGAUGACGAGGUCCUCAGGAAGGUCUUCACAGAGCUGGACUACCUGGUUACAGUCCACAGAGACCUCAGUGCUCAGGGCAUGAGGACUUGCAUUGAGAACUUUUGUCGACGACCAGAACACCGGACAGUGGACAGCUGUGUGGUGUGUCUGCUCUCCCAUGGCGUGGAAGGAGCUAUAUACGGCACAGAUGGACAGCUCCUGCAGUUGGACUGGGUGUUUGAGGCCUUUGACAAUUCGCACUGUCCGCUGCUACAGAACAAGCCGAAGAUGUUUUUCAUCCAGGCCUGCAGAGGAGAGGAGAUGGACUGUGGCGUGGAGCAGAUAGAUGGGCCAGCAAGGACCUGCUCACCCAGCUGUGAACAGCGGGAUGCUGGCAGGGAAGGACAGGGGGAUGCAGACUCCAGACAGAGAGGGGACAUGGGCCGGCCCAGAAUUAAACUGCCCCAGCGGUCUGACAUGAUCUGUGGCUACGCAUCUCUCAAAGGUCAGAGAAUUUGCACAGCAGCCAUGCGUAACACCAAGAGAGGAUCCUGGUUCAUCCAAGAAAUCAACACAACGCUUCGCCUCCAUGCCAGAGACAAACAUCUUGCAGACAUCCUGGUGCAGGUCAACGGGCGUAUUAAGGAGCGGGAGGGUUACGCUCCCGGCACAGCUCACCAUCGCUGCAAAGAGAUGUCGGAGUUCACCAGCUCAUUGUGCAAAGACCUCUUCCUUUUCCCCAAGUACCAGCACCAGUAUUGAUUUGCAAAUGCGCACAUACGCAUAUUAAAAACAAACACAGACCAUUCCUUGCAUCGAGGCCUCUCAAUGAAGGGCACACAACUGCUCAUUCCACUCCAAUUACUGCCACACACGUACACAUUCCCCCUUUACAACUUCACAUCCAAACAGAGGAUUUAUUCAUUCAUUCUUUUGUGUAAAUACUGCCCCCUCAAACCCGCAGACAUACACACAAACUUUGGAAAGGAAGAAGGAGCGAGCUCAUGGUAAUCUACAUGUACUCGGAAAUGGCCGACGUAUUAGUAACUUACGCAUGUAUCUGUGUGUCUGUGUCUAUGCCAGUUAGAGGGUUUAGAUGUUAAUCCUUUGUAGUCAAAAACAGAAUAGUAUUUUGUUUUUGUUUUUCCCACUGCACAGCUACUUUGAGGUUUCACUUGCUUUUUAAAAAGUAUUUUGUACACAGAUCUAUUUUUGUGGCUUUAUUUUGUAUGAAAUUGUUUUUAUAAGGAUUUUUAAAAGUGUUAUAUUUGUAUAUAAUGUUUGUUAUGAGUUGUGUCUGUCUCUUGUUUUUAGCAUAGUGACAGGCAGGGGGCAGCACAGCUGAGACAAAUGCAUUUCAUCUUCUGUCUUUCUGAGAUAUGAUUCAUAUCUCCUCCAAUUUAAAAUUAUAUUUGCUGCCAUGAUUGCAGACAGCUUUUAUUUUAAUUAUAGUCAGUUACCGCAGUGAAUCUUUGCAGCUUCUCAUUAGUGAAGUUCACAUUUUUUUCUCAGUUUGCCUUAUUAAGAGCAAAGACACCCACAGGGCAGCUUCAAAUCAAGAUCCUGCAUUGUUUCAGUUUUAUUCCGCUUUUAUUCGUAAAAUUCAGGAAACUUCAGUUUUUAACCUUAAAAAUCCUGAAGGCACUCAGUGUAAAUUUCACUUCAUAUCAGCUAUGUUACUGUGUGUGUCCUCCUGUCCUGGUGGUGGGCUGCCAGGGGAAUGUGGUGCUACUUACGGGUCAUACACCUAAAGUAUGAACUAUGACCUUUACACUAACUCUGACUGCUAAUAGUGUUUCUCUCUAUGUGAGAGGUGCAUAUUUAGUUAGUCCUCCUACAGUUUCUGUGUUAUUUUACUGUAUCAGAUACAGUAAGGACAAAAGAUGUAUUUCCUAUGUCUUCCAUAAACGAUAUGCAAUUUUCUCCAGCAGCCUGUGCCAUGUGAUGAUGAUCUGUUUAAUGGAUUUAUGACCAUGAAGCUCUUACAAUAUAUUGCGUCGCUUUGGCAACCCCACACACAGAGAAAUCAAUUUCUCAAGGCUGUGUGAGCAUUGAUGUUUCCCAGAAAGGCCCUGACCAGGCAAAGUGUGUUUAGUUACGAGAGUGUUGUAACGAAGAAAACAUAAUAUGUGGUCGAAACAGUAUUGAUUGUUAACCAUCUGUAAACAAAGACACUCUAAGAUGUGUGUGAGAUGCUUGUAAGAGAGUUCACCCUGGUCUGGAAGGUGCUCACUCCUCUAAUCCUUCAUUUUUUUGAAAUGAGGAAAUAUGAUUUAAUAUAUGAAAACUUUGGAGUGCUAUAAAAGGGUAACUCUCCUGCAAGGUGAGACGUUUUGAGGAUUGCUGUUUGCUGCCAAGUGUUGGGGGGGCUGAGAGGGAUUUUGUUUCUGUCAAAUGACUGCCAAAUGUUCUAUACAAUAAACGGGCCAUGCUUUUUAAACAAGA